AUGAAACAGCACAAAAAAAAAAGAAUUAUUUUAGCAUCAACAACACCAACAACAAAAGGAAAAAAAUCUAAAACUAUUAUUCAAAGUUCAUCAGAUGAUACUUCAUCAGAAGAUGAAACUAAGACACCAUCACCAUCAAAAUAUAUAGAAUCAAACACGUCACUUUCUGAAUUAACAUCAAAAGCAAGUGAAUUACUAGAUAUUAUCACAACAAGUAAACAAUUAGUUAAAUACAUUAAACAGACAGGAUUAAAUAAAUCAAUUCAAGAUGGUGGUGGUGUUGUUCUUAAACAAGCAACAAUAGUACGUUGGUUGUCCUUGUCCAAUCUACUUGAAUCAAUAGAUUUGUCUUAUGAACAUCUACGAUUAGUAUUGUCAAAGUCGGCAAAUAGUAAACAGGCAUUUAAAUUGAUCAAAAUCAAUGUAGAUGGAUUGAAGGAUUUAAUUUGUCUUCUAUCAGUUUUCAAAGACGUGUGUAUAUUGGUACAAACCGGAACACGCCCAUCAUUACACAUGGCCUAUAUUGCUAUGAACAAAUUGGAGCGUCAUUUAAGUGGUACCGAUGCCGAUGAAAGUGGUGAAUUUAUUACUAUUGAUGAUCGUCACGAAGGUGAUUAA